UGGAAGCAUGCUCAGUUCCACUAGAAGUUAUUCAGCAAAAGACAUAAGGUCCGGUGUUAAGGAGCUUGCUGAUACAGGUCAAGUCACUAUUGGACCCAAGGUAUAUAUAAACUUUUUUUCUGAUCAUUUCAAGAGAUUAGCAUGCAAGUGAUAAUAGUUAACGAGGGAACAUGUGAUGCCCUAGUGAGUAGUGACAACUAUCAUCAAUUACCUGUUUUUAUUACCUCUCAAAGUAUCUAAAUCACUUUUUUUAAGGGGUGUAAUGUCACCAUCGAACAAAAAGAUGAUGGUAGUAUCACCAUCACACAAAGCUGGCGUGCACCAAAGGUGACAAAGGAUGAUGUUACUGUUGCCAAGAGCAAUGAGUCCAAGGGCAGAGUCAAGAACGUUGGUGCCAGUCCUGUCAAACAGGUAGCUAAAGCCACAAAUAAUGUAGCUGGUGAUGGUAAGGGGGGCUCCCUUUCACUGUAUUAGAACGUUUCUUUUUCUUAAUUAGUCUCCUAUGAUUUUCAUAUUUAUUGUUGUUUUUGUAUUCGACCUAAAAACAGGACCGACGUAUGCUACAGUCCUUACAAGAGCUAUCUUCACGGAAGCUUGUAAAUCAGUUACUCCUGAAAAGAGUGCAUAUCAUGCUGCAUAUAAUGCAAUGCAUUUAAGACUUGGUAUCAAGUUAGCAGUUGAUACUGUUGUGAAGACCUUGAAGAGUAGAGCACGCAUGAUUAGCACUUUUGAAGAAAUUGCCCAAGUUGGAACAGCAUCAGCUAAUGGAGAUAGAGAGAUUGGUGAACUUAUUGCAAAGGCUAUGGAAAGUGUUGGCAAAGAGGGAGUGAUCAUAGUUCAAGUGAGUUGAAUUUGAUCCCUACAAUGUCAAAAGUUAUUUUGUUUAAUUUUAUAGGCCGACUCCGAGAUUUUUUUGGAGAAAUAGAAAAAUUAGUAAGGAUUUUAAUUUAAAAAUUCUUUGAUAAUUUUGGAGGUCUAAGUGUAUAUAUAUUAUUUUUCGAAAUUUUGGGAACCAUAUACAAAUGUUUUAUUUGUCUAUAUUCAGGACACCGACUAAUUUUAUUCUUCCAUCUCUCUUGGUAUAGGGUGGCAACACUUUGUUUAACGAGAUGGAAGUUGUUGAGGGUAUGAAGAUUGACAGGGGAUACAGAUCCCCACUAUUCAUUACAAACGAGAAAUACCAAACAUGUGUAAGGAUCAGGAUCCAAACCUUGAUGUUUUUUAAUCAGUUUUAAGGAAUAUUCACAAGAAUUGAUAUGGUUUGCAGGAGCUAGAAGAUCCUCUCAUUCUCAUCCACGAGAAGGAAAUUACUAGUCCUGAUUCUACGUCUACAGUUUUAGAGUCGGCUCUCAGGGUAUAAGUAAUUCAAUAAUGCAUACUGACCCAAACCUUGUUACUUUAUCAGUUUAAUGUCUUGAUAUGGUUUAUCAGUUUGUUAAUUAUCCUCUCCCUUACAUCCACGACAACAAAGUUCACGAUAUUGAAUCUCUGUCUAAAGUCUUAGACUUGGCCCUCAAGGUAUAUAAAUCAUUUGUUGAAUUUCAGUUAUGUCUAAGUUAUUUUGUAUAUGAAUAUAUAUUUUUCUCUGAUCUUAUUUUUUCAGAAACAAAGGUCGCUUCUGAUCGUUGCGGAGGAUUUGGAUAGCUUUUCUGUUGCUGGGCUAGUUUGGAAAACCCCUCGUUCUAAACAUGUUGCUAGGCUAGGGCUAAGUUGGAAAACACCUCCUGGUGAAAUGAAGGUUUUUCUUUUCAGCAUUUUUGUUAUAUGUUCUUAGUAUUAUCUUUAUUUGCUUGGUUUAAUUGUAAAUGCCAUCACAUUAUAUAUAGAUCUGUGCUGUGAAGGCCCCUGGUUUUGGAGAAAACCGUAGGGCUUAUAUGCACGAUCUAGCUACCCUCACAGGAGCCCAGGCAAGACUAUUUUAGUAUCUGCCAAGCUUACACUAAUUGCAUGCAUGAUGUGUAGUAAUAUUUCUUUGAUGAUCUCAAUUUACAGGUAAUAACAGAAGAGAGAGGUAUGAGUCUUGAGAAAAUCGAACUCGGUAUGCUAGGAACCUGCAAAAAGGUUCGUUUGGCUCAAUUCCUAUGUACCUUCGAAAGCAUUUAUAUCACAUCUAGAAGCUGAUCUGCCCAUAGCAAAAUGAAACAUUGGUCUUGAGCUCCUAAAUUUUUAAAGUUAAUGUAAAUAGGCUUAUUCUUCCAAAUUGUUAAAAGAAAAAUUUAUUAAAUACUAAAUGGUCUAUGAUACCCAAAAUCUCAGGACAGCCUUAAUCAUAUGAUCUUCAUUUGUGAACAGGUAAUUGUAUCCAAAGACAACACUGUUUUUAUUGGUGGGGCUGGUGACAAGAAAUAUAUUGGAGAACGAUGUGAACAGGUAGGGUUUAUACUUCUCACAUAUUAAAUAUCAUGUAGCAGAGUCAGUGAUCUGCUUUGACUCUUUUUUUCUUUUCUUCCAAAUGGGAAGGAUGUUAUAUGUUCUAAAUCAAAUAAUAAUGCUAGAUACGAUCCAUGGUUGAAGCGAACGAGUCUGACUAUGACAAGGAUAUGUUACAAGACAGGUUGGCUAAGCUUUCUGGGAGUAUUGCUGUAAUAAAGGUAGUGAAACUAAUCUGUUGCAACACACUACUGGACUCAAUAUUUUUUGAUGCAUAUAACUAAUGAUGGGAUGGCUUUUAGAUCGGAGGAACGAGUGAGAGAGAAGUUAGCGAAAAGAUAGAUAGAGUAAACAAUGCUCUAAAUGCAACCAAAGCAGCUUUAGAAGAAGGUAUUGUUCCAGGCGGUGGUGUUGCUCUUCUGUACGCGUCAAAAGAACUUGAGAAGCUUUCCACAAAUUACACUAGUCAAAAAGACGGUGUCCAAAUCAUCCAAAACGCUCUCAAGGUUUUUUUUUCUCUCAUCACAAAAUUUCUUCAUCUCCAACUUAGAUACCUUUGUGAAUCUUGAACACUAAAUAAUACUUUGAUGCAGAUACCUGUUUACACUAUUGCUUCCAAAGCUGGAGUCGACGGUAAAGUCAUCGUUGACAAGCUUUUGGAAUCAAACAAUCCUGACAUCGGUUAUGAUGCUGCUAAAGGUAGCUCACAGUCUGCUUGCCCUUGGUCCACCUUGUUAUAUUGAACUAACUUCUGUUCCCAUAUAUAUAUUCAGGAGAAUACGUGGAUAUGGUGAAGUCUGGUAUUAUCGACCCUGUGAAAAUGAUCAGAACCGCAUUGGUUGAUGCUGCGAGGGACUCAAAUGGUCUGAAAAUUUAUUGUCAUUUUUUGUAGUUUAAUUUAGUGCCUUUUUUUGCUAAUCUUUGUUAUUCUAUUGGUUAGUGUCUCGCUUUUGUUGACUACGACGGAAGCAGUUGUGACCGAGAUUCCAACAAAAGAAGAUGCGUCUCCCGUUAUGGGUGGUGGUUAUGGGUGUAUGGGUUUCUGAUGAGGACCCUACACGCUAGCUAGGUUACUGGAAAUUGGUGUGAGAUUAUAUGGUUGCUUCAUCCACAAGGCAUUCUAGGACCCUAAGAUUUUUCCAUGAUUUCUGGAUAUUCCAAGCUAACAAUCUUUUAUAAAAUCUGUUAAGAUAUUUUGUAUAUACAAAUUCUUUUGUGUUUUUUUACAGCUUGACGAUGAGGAUUUUUUAUAUCAAAAUCACAUAAACAUACAUAUAACCUUGACACUACAGUACUACACUCUAAUUCUGUUUUUUUUUUUCCUGUUUUAGAGAUGACCUAAGUUAUUAAUUAAAACUAGAUAACUUAUAUUGUACGAAAGAUUUCUUUCUAACUUAGUGCAUAGUUUUCUUGUAUGAGGGUUUAUGCUUAAGAAGAACCAAUAUUUGGGAGUUGGGAUGAAGGAUGCUGCGCUAUCAGCUAUGCUUAUCUUUUUGGGAAGCACCUGCUACAAAAUACAAACCCUCUGGCUCCAGAAGUUGUUCACAUUUUGAGAUCAGGCUUGUAAGCGUAUUUGGUUCCUUGGAGUUCCACAUCUGAUUCGAACUAUUGAAUAGCUGCUGAUACUGUCUUUGCUAAUAAGCGGCAUUUAACCACAUAAUGGAAUGGGCCACGUUUGAUUGGGCUUGUUUUGUUAACAACUAAGCCCGAGCAAGAAAACCAUAGCCCCAACUAUUUACUUGCUAAUUACGGCUCACCGUCCGCGACUCUAGGGUAUCAAGCUUUCCAGCUAUCGGCAGACUUCAACAUCUACCACAUGGCGACGCAAAUCAGAGGGAAGAAAAAGUUUGUAGCGGACGGUAUAUUCUACGCCGAAUUGAAUGAGGUUUUGACAAGAGAGCUUGCAAAAGACGGUUACGUUGGUGCAGAAGUUAUGGUUACAACGACUGAAGAAGUUGUAACUAAGAUUUCAAAGAUAGAAGAAGCGUCUCCAGCUAUGGGAGGUGGCGUGGGCGGUGAGGGAGAAAAGGGUUCUACAAAAACAAAACAGUGAAGGGAUUUCUUAUGAGAAUCCUAAACCCUAGCUAGGUUACUUUUGAAAACUGUUGCGAUAUCAUAUGGUUUGCUUCAUCCACAAGGCACUAGUUUUUUUUUUCCCUAUAUUGUCACAUUCGAUUAUUAAAUUAUUUUUAAAUAAGUAUUUUUGUUGGAUCAUACAAGUCUUUUGUGUUAUAUCUUCCUAGCUAGUUCCAAUAUUCGUCAGAUUAUAGUUCAUGGAAAUCUUCAAGGAGGUUUCGCAUGGAGAUAUCUCUUUCUUACCAACCUUCACCAAACCCUAAUCUCUUAUUAAUACAAAAUACGUGGUUCAAUUAACAGACUCUAAAUCCAAAAAAAAAAAAAGAUUUUGCCAAAUGUAGCAUGUAGAACGAAACAAAAGAUGAUAAACUAAAUAAAAAUGUGGCCCCCGGCCCGGGCCCCGAACGUUUCACUCCACAAAGAAAUGUCAUGAACACAAAAGCCUCUUCUUUUGUCUUCACUUGUUUGUCCGUACCAUAAUAUAAUUAUAGCAGUUAACCACAUUCAAUUACUCUACUAAUAUUUUAGAUUAAUUUACAGCUGGAUAAACAGGAAGAAGCGAGUUGAUUUGAUUUGGUUAGUUGGUCAAACUCUCAAUUUGACCACACAACCCAUGUGUUCGAGCUUUCGUGGAAGCUAAAAGAAGCAUAAAUCCAUUCAACUAUAUGACAAAAAUAAACAAAGAACAAUAAAGAAUGUUCCUACUCAUCCAGUUCAAAAUACAUUGUCAGUUUGUCACAACUUACUAGAAUUAUUUUGGGAAAUCUAAUUAGUAGUAAGAUAAAGAAGAAGCUUGAUGAUGAAUUAGCUUAACGAGAAAAAACUAAAUCUGUUUAGGCAAGAAAGUUAAUGUCUCGUUUGAUUACACACUUCCAAAAGUUUUUGUUAAACUACAAGUAAUCAUGGAUGUAAUUUGAGAACGCUCCACGUUAUUUAUUUUUUAAUCUUUAUACAUCCUCUCCGCGACAUGGCCGUCUAUUGGAAUGUUUCCUCGUGCUCAGGGAAUGUUUCUUCAUAUUUUAUUUAUAAAAUUUGCAAUGUUCAAAGUUCUCGAUCAACAAAACUCAUGUGAUGAAAUUAAAAUAUCAUAAACGUUGAAAAAAUAAACACUCAAGCGAAAUAUAACAUGUGUGUCUACUACUAUUCAUUAAAGAACACCUUUUUAUAAAAAGAGAAAAUUUAAACAAAGAUCUACCAUACAUAAUAGCCAAAAAAGAAAAAAAAAAGAAGUCAAAGUAUAUGAAGAUCCUAGUCAUCUAAUCGUACGGCUGUGAACAGAGGUGUACAUAUCACUAAAAUAAAAUUGCAACAUGGAAUCACGCACCAAAGCAUACUUUUAAAAUCGACAUUGGAACCGCGUCUUCUUUACUCUUUCUGCAAGAUUGUCGUGUGAGAACAGUGAACAUACUCACACUUCAACUCUUAAGCUUCGGUCUCUUCUUCUCUCUUCAUCUUUCUUUGGAUUCUGUAUCUAUUUCUGAAUCCAGCCAGAGCCAAAAGGUCAGAUCCUUGUUUCCCUUUUAACAUGUAAAACUAAUGGUCUUGUUCUUAAAUUAGAUCCUAGAGAUUUAGUUCUCAGAAUCUUGUUGUUUAGUCUUUUAUGUAUAUUAUUGUUGUAGGUUUUGGACUAUGAAUGAUCCACGGGUGAGAUCGUUCCAGAUCAGUCCUGGAGACUUAGAGGCUGCUCAGCUUGAUGAUCUCAUAAGGGAGAUAGAGCAGAAGAGCCUCUUUUACCACCAAGAGAAGAAAAAGUUGUUGAGAGCUCGUUAUAUCUAUGGAACCAUCUUCUUGAUUAUAAAUCUGUGCGCUUGGUUCAUCCGAGACUAUGCACAAAAGGCUCUGACCUUGCUUCCACGUAAAGUCAUUAUCUUUUGGGAUCUAUCUUAUGUUAAUUUUGACAUCUUUAAUGUAGAAUCUAAUGUUAAAGCAGAUGUUAGUAGUUGUGGACCAGAAGGAAGUCAUUGUUUCCAUACUCUUGGGGUACUCAGAGUGAGUCUUGGAUGUUUCAUAUUUUUCCUCAUUAUGUUCCUCUCAACAUGGAACACAAUGAAACUCCACCAAGCUCAAAACACUUGGCACUCAGACAAUUGGUCCUUCAAGUUUCUCCUGCUGGUUUCAGUCAUGGUUGCUUCUUUCUUCAUACCUCAGCUUUACAUCCAAAUUUACGGAGAAAUCGCGCGUGUUGGUGCAGGGAUAUUUCUUGGACUUCAACUAAUAAGUGUGAUUGAAUUCAUCACUUGGUGGAAUAACUACUGGAUGCCUAAUAACCAAAGCAAGCAAAGCUGCUCUUUUGGUUUUGUCAUGUCAAUAGUUUUCUACAUCGGCUCUGUUUGUGGGAUCGCGGUGAUGUACUACUUCUAUGUAGCUUCAACUGCUUGUGCCCUCAAUAUAUUCUUUAUCUCAUUGACUGUUAUUCUUCUAAUCAUUAUGAUGGUUAUGUCCUUACAUUCCAAGGUGAAGAGCAGCCUUAUGUCAUCUGGGAUUAUGGCUUCCUACAUUGUGUUCUUAUGUUGGUCUGCCAUCAGAAGCGAACCUUCACAUACCAAAUGCAAUGCGCAUACCCAAAACGGUCAUACCGAUUGGAUUACAGUACUGAGUUUCCUUAUAGCUAUAGGAGCCAUUGUGAUGGCAACAUUCUCAACCGGGAUCGAUUCAGAAUCCUUCAGCUUCCAGUUCCGUAAAGACGAAGCUAAAGAAGAAGAUGAUAUUCCAUAUAGCUAUGGAUUCUUCCAUCUUGUGUUUUCCUUAGGAGCAAUGUACUUUGCUAUGUUGUUCAUCAGCUGGAACCUCGAGCAUUCAGCUCGGAAAUGGAGCAUGGAUGUUGGGUGGACAAGCACAUGGGUGAAGAUAGUGAAUGAGUGGUUUGCCGCAGGGAUAUACCUGUGGAAGUUGAUUGCACCUAUUGUGAGACAGCCUAGGGUUCAUGAGCAACCUCAGCCAACAACAACAGAAGUCAGCAGAUAGAUAGGUGGAGUGAAUUAUCACUGUCAUUGCUCAAUUUUUGAAGUUAAUACAGAAACAGUUCCAUCUCCAUUUUCUAAAAAGCUUUUUUUUUACCAAGUUUAUUCACUUUUUUUUACCUUAAUGUGAUUCCAUAAAGAACAUAAUCAAAUGUACAAUUUGUGGUGAAGUCAGAACAAAAGAAAAUAUUUUCUUCGAUAAUUCAACUAGAUAUUAAAGAUAUAUAGAUUCUAUGAUUCUUGAAACUCUGUAAUAAUUGCAUUGUGGAUGUUAUGUAAGCAAGACAUCAAAGAGUAAUGACAUAAAAAAACAGCUGGAUCGAUUUCAUGAACUUUGUAUCAUGAUGUUUCACUGUUGCAAAAGAAUAAGAAUCUCGUUGUCUUAUUAAUACUGAUCAAUAUUCCUUGUCAUUUAGAUGUUCUGCAACAAAGAAAACAAAACGCAUAAUCUUCCACAUUUAAAUUUAUCUUUGACGACAGCAACAGAUGUGGUUACUAAAUUAACGGUUAGAAAAUAAAAAUAUUUAAGAAAGUAAACCUAUUUAAAAUAGAAUCCAGCUUGAGUUAUGAGACACUAAGAGCAUCAUUGAGAUACCAUAAAAGAUCUCUUAUAUAAUUUUUGGACAAUAAAAUAAAUGAUGGCCAUUAAUAAAUUGACAGCAAGAAAAUAAGUUUCUUCCCACAUACAUAUAUUCCUUUGAAGAAGAGACGUCCCUCUCUCUUUCUUUCCUGUUUUGUAUUCUUUUUAAUUAUUUUUUUAUUGUUCAGAAACGUUUUGAGAAACCAUUGAUGCUCACGCUCUGAUGAAGUCUUUUAAAUCUGCCAAAAGGAGCCCAAGCACAAAACUAGAGGUAUCCAAGACCAUUGUUGACUUUGUUCUGAGACACUAAUGAAGUCUUUGAAAGUCUGCCAAACGGAGCACAAACAUCAAUAGAGGCAUUCAAGAAACCAUUUGUUGACUUAGGUCUGAGAAACCUAUGAACUAUGAAGUCUAUAAAUCUGUAGAGACAUACACAAUUCAUUAAAAGAAAAAUGAAGCUUGUAUUUAUUUUUCUGUAUCUUAUACUUUCUUUGCAUUUUGAGUCGAGUGAAGCUAAAUGCCACAAAAACACCGUAGCUUUUCAAAACAACCUUACUCUUAGCAAAAGUGUGCUCAAAGUUCAUUGCAAAUCCAGAGACGAUGAUCUAGGGGACCAUUUCCUGAGAUUUCAAGAUGCUGCAUACAAUUUUAGUUUUCAUGAUCAUUUCAUUCUGUACACAAGAUUCAAAUGUAUCUUGUCGAAGGGUGCUAAUCUUGAAUACCAUAAGACUUUUCUAGGAUAUGAAGCAGAUAAGUAUAGAAGAUGUGGCGCGUUAUACGCAUGGGAAGCACGAGAUGAUGCUAUUUACUUAUCAACAAAGGAUGAGCCGACAAAGCUCAUGUAUAGUUGGGAUAAAGAUUAAUGUUCUAACUACUAAGUUCUUAUUUCAUCUUACGGGCUAGCUAUGUUGCCUCUUUCUUGGUGCUUGAAUAAACACCAAAAGCAAAAGAAUAAGAAUUUCGUUUUCUUAUUAUUUUUUCUCAAUAUUUCUCACCAUACCACUUGUGUGCCUGGACUAGUGACUAAGUGGGUUUUGUUGCGCUCCUACUUUUCCCGGUAGAGAAAGUGGAUUAAACAUGUUUCAUUUUAAGGUCAAAGACUGGCUCGGGUUGAAAAGUGAUAUUAAAGCCGAAGGCCAACUUUUUUUCUUGCAAUAACAAAAAAGGUAUCACCAUUAGUAGGUUCCGUAACAAAGGAACAAAACGUAGAAAUUUUUCUUUUUAAAUUAACAUUUAAAUUUCUCUUUGAGGAUAGCAACAAAUGUGGUUACUGAAUUUGACGGUUAGGAAAUAAAACUAUUAAGAAAGUAAAUACUCCCUCCGUUAAAGAACAUAAAUUGUUUUAAAAUUAUGCACAUAGAUUAAGAAAAUCACUAAUUUCUUAUAUUUUUUGAAACAAAAACAUCAUUAAUUAUUUACCUAACCACAAUUCAACCAAUAGAAAAAUAAAAAAUAUAUUAUCAUUGGUCAAACAACAUUAAUUAUUAAUAAAUAUUACAUAGAAAACUGAAAACGACAUAUAAUUUGGAACAAAAAAGUUUUUCUAAAACGGUUUAUAUUGAAAAACGGAGGAAGUAUAUUUUAAGUACAAUCCAGCUCAAUUUACGAGACACUAAUGAAGUCUUUAAAAGUCUGCCAAAUAGAGCACAAACACCAAUAGAGGUAUCUCAAGAAACCAUUGUUGACUUUGGUCUGAGAAACCUAUGAAUGAAGUCUAUAAAUCUGUAGAGACACACACAAUUAAUUAAAAUAAAAAUGAAGCUUGUAUAUAUUUUUCUGUAUCUUAUAUUUUCUUUGCAUGUUGAGCCGAAUGAAGCUAAGUGUCUUAAAAACACCGUAGCUUUUCAAAACAACCUUACACUUAGCCGUAGUAUUCUCAAAGUCCAUUGCGAAUCCAGAGAUGAUGAUCUAGGCGAGCAUUCUCUUGAAUUUCAAGGCAUUGCAUACAGUUUUAGUUUUCAUGAUAAUGUCAUUCUUUUUACAAGAUUCAAAUGUAUCUUGCGGAAGGGGGCUAAUUUUGAAUAUCAUAAAGACUUUGUGGCAUAUGAAGGAGCUGUGUUUCGUGAAUGUGGCCUGUUAUACAUAUGGGAAGCACGAGAUGAAGCUAUUUACCUUUCAAAAAAUGGCGAGCCGAUGAAGCUCAUGUAUAUUUGGGAUAUAGAUUAAUGGUCUAACUAAAGUUCUUAUACCAUCUUAUAAGAUAGCUAUGUUGCCUCCGCUUUCUUAGUGUGCUUGAAUAAACACCAAAAUGGAGUAUAAGAUGUAUGAUCUCUAUUUGCUUUAUGUAAAA